GAAUCUUUUCAACAAUAGAAUAAAGGAUUCAUAGAAACUUGAACUUAUUAACAAAUGACAAAAUCUGGUAUUAUUUGAUCAGAAUGCUAUUGCAAUAAUCCAUCUUGUACGAACAUUCCCAUAACUGCCCCAACACAUUAUUUUCCCGAAAUCCCUCAAUUUGUACAUCACUCAAAGCUGAAUUUUGUAAAAACGCUAUUGACUUAAUUUUGACGUUUGCUGUCAAAAAAAAGACAGCUUUUUGAAUGUUUAAAAGCAGCACAAAAAGCCGUAUUGUAAAGAAGCCAUUGCGGAAAAGAAAUUAAUUUUUAUUGCAAUAAAUGGACUACUCAAAGUUUGGGAACAUGAUGGAGAAGAAUCGAGUAGAGAGUUUCAAGAAAUGGCCCUUUGACGAUAGCAGCGCAUGUAGUAUUAAAAAGAUGGCCGAGGCCGGAUUUUACUGGAGCGGCAACGAACGGGAACCAGAUACAGUUACAUGCUAUGUUUGCAACAAAACUCUCGAUGGUUGGGAGCCAACUGAUGACCCUUGGAAGGAGCAUGCAAAGCAUGCACCACAAUGUAAUUUCGUGAAGUACGGCCGAAAGGAAGCAGAACUGACAGUGGACGAGUUUAUCAAAUUAUUUAGUGUUGCCGUCAAAGGACGUAUGGAGCAAAACUUAAAUAAAGUAAUGGACCAGUUUAGAAAGUGGGCUGAAAACGAAAAGGAGAAACUUGGCAAAUAAAAGAUUUAUUUCAGGCAUGUUCUGCAAAUCGGUGCGAUUUACAAAAUCUAUUUCGGAGGAUUUAUAACAAAGAGGGAAUAAUUUUCGCACCGAUUUGAAAUCGUACGAUUUGCAGAACAUGCCUGUAUAUCGUGUUUCUUAAUAGGGUUAGUAUUUAAGUUAUUAGAUUAGAAAUAAAUUAUGGAAAAAUAAAGA